AUGUGCAAAAUAGACAAUGUCGAAAAAGGAGACACCGAUUUUUCUGAUAAUUCUUGGGGCUGCUUAGGCUCGGACCGCAAGAGUCUAGGUUGGAGUGACAACGUUGACAGCGACCCUUAUGGUGGCUAUGCAUUGGAAAGUGAAACAUCGAUCGCAACUGGCGGCGUACGCGAUCCCAAGGAUUACAACAAGUUACCUGUCGGUUGGAUAGAGCGCAUAGCACCCAAAACUAAGGAGUGCUAUUUCUAUGACAAAAGUAACCGAAAGGUAUAUUUGACAUUGCCUCCGAAUGACUGCAAAGAAGCUGAGAGAGUCGGCUGGAACGGCGUUGCCGGAAAAUAUCGUGAAUGCAAUUAUCGAUGCAUUCUUCGGUGCAGGCACAUAUUGGUGAAACACAAUCAAUCAGAUAUAUGUAGCUCAUAUCGUAAGCGACUGGUGACGAGAACUAAGGAACAAGCCUUACACAAGAUUUCGCAGGCCCGGGAUCUAAUAUCAACCGGCGAAAUAGAGUUUGCUGAAUUGGCAAAGGCGAUCUCAGACUGCUGUUCUGCUCGACACGGGGGUGACUUGGGCCCCUUUAAACUUACGCAAACGUCUUUCGGCUUCGAGAAAAACGUUGUGCGCCUUAAGAUCAAUGAGCUUUCGGAUAUUUUUGAGACAAAGGCAGGAUAUCACAUUUUGUUGCGGACGGCAAAAAUAGUUCAGGAAAGGUUGGAUAUGACCGUAAACCUUGGAAAAUUCCUCAAAUUAAUAGAAACUGAUGGUCUGGGGAACAGUGUCAUCAAGGAUCAUAAAUUGAAAAAAGAUUUAUUUAUUAAAAAGGGCAUAUAA